UUUUUUUUUGGGCAGGUAACAUCAGGUUUUGAGUUGUAUGCAGCUUUCAGUCCGCUUGUCACUAAACCAGAUGCCAUAAACGCCAUUAACAAGCUUUUGAGAUGGAUUAAGGUUUGUGUGUUUUUCUUUUCCCCGAUUCUCUUCACCGUCAGUGCUUAACAAUUGUUUUUCUCCUUCCUUCUAUUCUUAGCGCGAAGAAGACAGAUUAUUCAUUUUAAGCUCUCAAGUCUUCUAA